AUGGCGUACGACUUGAAUGUUGAGACGUUCAGUGAAUAUGGUGUUGGUAUCUUCUUUCUCCUGCUGCGGUUGGUGGCCCGGCUGAGCAUGGGAGGGAUUCGUGGGUUGCGUUUGGAUGAUGCCUUUGCAACCUUGGCCAUGAUAUUCUUCACGAUACAAACGGUCAAUAUAUACAGAAUGGACAUACUAGGAACCAACAUCGGCCUGAAUGAAGAAUCCGCGAUGCUCGUCCCCGACAACCAGAUCCCCGAUAUGGUGCGAGGCUCCAAGCUAGCCUUUAUGAACUGGAUCUGGUAUAUAUGCUACAUCUGGUGCCUAAAAGGGGUGCUGCUUUGCCUAUACUGGAAACUCACAGCUGGAACAUGGCACCGCCAUGUCGUCACUGCAACUUCGAUUUUCUGUGGGAUCAUUUGGCUUGCGUGUGUGUUGACGCACGUCUGCCUUUGUACGCCCGUCUAUCGCAAUUGGCAAAUCCAGCCAUACCCAGGAGACUACUGCACUCUUCGACAGCCACUCUACGUCGAAAUCGCCGUCUUCAAUGUCUUAUCCGACGUCUGCAUCCUCAUAAUCCCAAUCCCCAUACUCGCAAAACUCCAAGUCCCCAUCCAACGCAAAGUUGUGCUCGCCCUAAUGUUUUCGUCUGGAAUCUUCAUAAUGAUCUGCACGAUCCUCCGCGCAUACUACUCGCUCAGAAGUAUCACCAGUCUGCCCAUCGCUCUCGGCUGGGCGAACCGCGAAUGCUUCGUCGCCGCAAUCGUCGCCUCCUUACCAGGAAUCAAGCCGCUGUUCCGACACACGAGGUUCCUCGGUUCGUCACAUCGCAAGAACUCGAAGACUCCCGGGUAUAACAGUGAGGGAUAUAAUAACUUUGGGUCUAAGGCGUCGGGAGGUGGGACGAAGACGUUUAUUUCGUCGAGGGCGGGGCGUGCGAGUCAUGGGCGGCAUUUCGAGCUCGACAAUGUGUUGCCGAGCAAGAAUAUGGAUACGCGUAUUUCGUCGGGGGAUAGCGAGGAGUAUAUUCUGGAGGGCCCGAAGGAUCGGAGGCCCUCUGUGACGAGGCCGCAGCCGAGAAAUGACCUGGCUAUUCAUGUCACGACUGAGUAUACCCUCGAGUCAUCGGAGCCGGUGUCUAAGGCCAGCUCUACUGUAUAG